AUGUCCAAAAGCGAUGAUGUCAAGAUCAUAGAUGUUGACAAGCAAGGGAGAAUCUCUCCCGCAGAUGAUAUAACUGCAGCCACACCCUCCACAUCAAUCACAACAUCGUCAUCAUCAACACCAUCAACUACAUCUAAACAGUACUCGAUUUUCCAUUACCUCAACCUAGCGUCCAAGAAGCUCGACUCAUUAGGAGUCGAAACUAGAGGAAUCGAUCGUAUUCUACCUCAUGAACGUUCAACCAACAAGACAAAACUUUUGAUCAGUGUAAUGGGAUUUUGGUUCUCCGCUUGUGGUGGCCUUUCAUCAAUGUCGUCAUUUUACUUGGGUCCGUUGCUUUUUGAGCUUGGUUUACGCAAUACAUUGAUUGCUGGGUUAUUAGGCCAUAGUUUGGGUUGCUUGAUUGCGGCUUAUUGUUCAAUGAUGGGUCCUCGUUCUGGGUGUCGACAAAUGGUUAGUGCUAGGUUUCUUUUUGGAUGGUGGUUUGUUAAGUUAGUGGCUUUUGUCAACAUUAUUGGGGUCACUGGUUGGUCGGUUGUCAAUUGUGUUGUUGGUGGACAAAUUUUGGCCAGUUUGAGCAAUGACAAGGUUCCGCUUUGGGCUGGCAUUGUUAUCAUUGCGGGUGUGACAUUAUCAGUUGCCAUUGGUGGAAUCAAACAAUUGAUGAGAGUGGAAGCACUUUUAAGUAUACCGGUAAAUCUUGCGUUUUUGUUGUUGUAUAUUGUUGCCUCGCAAAAGUUUCAGUACUUGACCUUGGAUGACGCGAUACUGGAUUCAGCUACAAUCAAGGGGAACUGGUUGAGUUUUUUUUCGUUGUGCUAUUCCAUCACUUCUACAUGGGGUGGUAUUGCUUCUGACUAUUAUAUCUUGUUUCCUGAAGAUACCCCCGAUGUGCAAGUAUUUGGUAUUACCUUUUUAGGAAUCUUUAUUCCAACUACUUUUGUCGGGAUUGCCGGACUACUCAUCGGUAAUGUUGCUCUUGGAUAUAAGCCGUGGGGUGAUGCAUAUGCGAAAUGGGGUAUGGGUGGAUUAUUGAAUGAAGCAUUUAAACCGUGGGGUGGCGGGGGCAAAUUCCUCCUUGUUGUCAUUUUCCUUUCUUUAAUUUCAAACAACAUUCUCAACACCUACUCGGCAGCUUUUGGACUACAAUUGGCUGGUAGGGUAUUUGCAAAGAUACCACGUUGGCUCUGGGCCAUUGGAAUCACUGCUGUAUAUCUAGUGGCUGCCUUAGUGGGAAGAAAUGAAUUUUCGACUAUUUUGGGCAAUUUCUUACCCAUGAUUGGAUACUGGAUCUCCAUGUAUUUCAUAUUGUUGUUAGAGGAAAAUACAAUUUUCAGAACUGAUAGGUUUAAACAUUUAUACGAAUUGGAAUUUGCUGAAGACGGGUCGUAUGAUGCACCGUCAUCAGUAGAUGAUUACAAUAAGGAAUUCAAAUUUGACAGUCAGCAGCCGACUCAUCAUCACUACAAUUUCAAAAUAUGGAAUGAUUAUUAUAAGUUGACCCGUGGAUGGGCAGCCACGGUAUCGUUCUUAAUUGGUGCCACUGGUGCUGCUGUUGGAAUGGCGCAAACUUAUUGGAUUGGACCCGUUGCACGUCGAAUCGGAGGCGAGUAUGGUGGCGAUAUUGCCAUGUGGUUGUGUAUGGGAUUCAGCGGGCUUGUUUAUCCGGUGUUGCGGUACAUUGAGUUGAAGUAUUGCAAGAGAUGA